UCUUGCUUUUUUGACACAGGAAUUACAUCACCAUCCUCUUCCGUCGCGGCUCCGGCGCCUGAAACACGAGUGCUCACCGUUUUUCAUCAUAUCGUGGGGCGUAGUGGAUAUACUGAACCGAGUGGCACUACAUAUUUGACAACAAUGAAACCUAUUCUGCUUCAGGGCCACGAGAGGUCCAUCACUCAAAUCAAGUAUAAUAGAGAGGGAGACUUGCUCUUUUCUGUAGCCAAAGACACGGUUACCAACGUGUGGUACUCUGUGAAUGGUGAGAGGCUUGGUACCUACAAUGGACACACCGGAGCUGUGUGGUGUGUUGACUGCGACUGGGACACUAAGAACGUAUUAACAGGGUCUGCAGACAACAGCUGUCGACUGUGGGACUGUGAGACUGGUAAACAGCUGGCUCUGCUCAACACCAACUCUGCCGUCAGGACGUGUGGCUUCGAUUUCAGCGGCAACAUCAUCAUGUUCUCCACAGACAAGCAGAUGGGUUACCAGUGCUACUUAAACUUCUUUGACCUGAGGGAUCAACAGCAGAUAGAUGACAACCAGCCCUACCUGUCCAUACCCUGCAGUGAAGCUAAGAUCACCAGUGCUGUGUGGGGACCUCUGGGAGAGUUUGUUAACGCUGGCCAUGAAAACGGAGAAAUCAACCAGUUUAGUGCCAAGUCUGGAGAAGUCCUGAAGAAGGCCAAGGAGCACACCAAGCAGAUCAAUGACAUCCAGACAUCAGUGGAUCUGACCAUGUUCAUCACCGCCUCCAAGGAUAACGCAGCCAAAUUGUUUGACUCCACGUCUCUGGAUCACAUCAAGACUUUCAAGACAGAGAGACCGGUCAACUCUGCUGCCAUCUCCCCCAUAAUGGAUCAUGUGGUGAUGGGAGGUGGACAGGAAGCCAUGGAGGUCACAACUACCUCUACUAGGAUUGGCAAGUUUGAGGCCAGGUUCUUCCACGCAGCCUACGAGGAAGAGUUUGGUAGAGUCAAAGGUCACUUUGGCCCAAUUAACUGUGUGGCCUUCCAUCCUGAUGGCAAAAGCUACAGCAGCGGAGGAGAGGACGGCUAUGUAAGGAUUCAUUACUUUGACCCACAGUACUUCGACUUCGAACUGGAGGCAUAAACAAGCAGCUCGGUCCAACAGCUCCAACUAACACCAGCGUGCAUUCAGUCGACAUCCUCCCUGUGACUGAUCUGAAGUGAAAAGCUUGCCAUUUUGUUACCUGUAGCUGCGUUUUAACCAGAAUACUUCAGAUUACUUUGAAAGGAAAGUGGUUGUUGGAGAAUGCAUAUUAGUGAGGAGUUUAGGUUUUUGUAACGUAACUCUGGAGCUCCUGGUGGAAUCGGGAGAAUUUGCAUUUCUGUUGUUAUACUAUGGAAGUGCAAAGUGGACUUUAAUCCACAUUCCUGAAUCCUGAAGUAUUUAAAUUUGACAAAUGAGCUUUUGAUGCAUUUUAUGUUGCAAAGUCAUUCCUCCACAAAUAAACUUAUCCAAGUU